AUGUCGUAUUCCAGCAACAUCUCGCCACAGGACAUCCCGAACUCAACCCGCGCGCGCGCCGCCAGCUUUGCAUCCUCUGCCUCGCCCACCGAGGAGCUGCUUGCCUGCUCACCAACCUACACGGAGGGCUGCGAGCUCUACCCAAAGGCUCUGCGGGACACCGUCAACAUGCGCGCUGACGGGGCGGUGCUCGGCGAGCGCGAUCCGAAGAUCACCAAGGAGGCCGAGAGGCGGCAUGCCGAGUGCAUCAGGCGCCAGGAGCAGAUGGGCGAAAAGGACCACAAGGAGCUGCUGAGCCUGUACCCGCAGGCAGCCAGGAGGGCUAGCGGAAACAGUGCUAGCGAGCGGUAUUAA